GUUUACCAGAAAUCAGUACAUCUAUUGCAUGUCACUGUCGCAAAACAUCAGGGUUAAAUUAAUAUACAAUUACAAACAUGAAACGCCGGAAGAAAAGUCUGACGAUUAGUUUCUUCAGCAACAUGUCCGAAAUUUCCGAAGAAACAGAGGAAUUACUUCAGGCCGAGGACAGGAUAUCCGAAAGGUCCUCCACCUCCACGUGUAGCAAAGAAACCGGGAAAGACAGGCGUUCAUCGGAAGAGACGCACAAGGUAAAACCCGACUCGGAUACGGAUGAGUCCGAAUUAUCAUCCGAGGAUGACAGCUCGUCUUCCUCGGGAAAGAGGAAGUACAACGACAAAGAUGUCUUAGAGAAGUUGUCUGUAAACCCCCUCAUUGACAGUACGGGAGCGGAUAACGACCCAAUGGCGGGGAUGGAGCUGGACCAGUUAACGGGCGAUUCUUUGGAACCUUGCCCCGCCCCCUGUACCCUUAACAGUCAAGAGAGUAAGCGAUUUGAAGUCCUGGUUAAUUGCACGGAGGCGUCGGAUCAGCUGGGGUUGUCGGGAAGGCUUUACCUACACGUGACCGAGGAGUCCCUUGACGCUGAGCAGUGCGACACACUGGAAACACUCCACAGCUGGAAGUACGGACACAUCCAGCGGUUCGGCUACAACAAAUCCAGCAAUGACUUUCUAAUGGUCACGGGACGACGGAAGAAAUUCGGGCACGGUGUGUUCGAUUUCCACGUGUUGGGAGACCCUCGAAAGAUUAUAGAUUCUCUUCAAAACAAGCAAGGAUGUUCCCUAAAAUUAGCAGAUGGAGCCAAGCGAAUAAGCAACAUGAUUUAGUCCAAGAAGCAUGACUAGGCCCUAUCAUGGCGCCCAUUUUUGGUGCUCUUUUUGUGUUCGAAUUCAUUUAAUCAUUUUUUUUUAAUAUCUAAGGUUAUUUAAUCUAUGAAAAAAAUCCAUCAACUCUUAGUUUUGUAUAUAUAUUUAUAUUGCAAAAAGGUUAUCUUCACACAUUGUGAAUCAUCGAAAAAUGUUAUGAAAACAUUUCAUCUUUCAAAGUUUUGCUGAAUUCUUUAUUCCAAAAGGCUAACGUUUGAUUUGGAAUGAAAAAUAUUUCUCUAGACUUGGUAGGUGAUUUUCUGAUUUCUCCGUACUUUGUAUGGCGUACAAAAGUUAUUAUUUAUAAUUAUAGCUCAUAGAUUGGAUUGACUAAAUAUUACAUCCACUUUGAAAUUUUUCCUGUUCAUAAUGAUCGAGUACUUACACGUGCAUUUGUACAUUAACGGGAAAAGUUUAAAAUACAGCAUUUUAAAAUUUCCUAAAUUCACAAUAUACUAGUAUAUAGAGGAAAAAACUCUUGUUAAGGCCAAAUAUAGUCAACAAUUUUGUGAUGUAGAAGAGCUUCUGAUGGGUGAGCUGAGCGGUCUCAAGGUACAAUGUCCCUUCAAGGGAAGCAACUAUCUCCGAGCUAUAUGCGAAUACUAUUGUUAAUGAGAAAUGUUAGUCCAUGGUUUGGCAUUGCGUCCAGUUUUUUAUAAAGCCGCUUGGUCCAAUUUUUUUUAAAAAAAGCUUUUAAAGAUGUACUACUAAACGUGGUAAGGGACUCGUGGCCAUGUUAAUGCAUAAUAUUAUUUCUACCACAAACAUACAAGAUUUGCUGAGUGAAAUCUAUCAGAGCGCAUGAAUUUUUUUCUGUGUUUGAAUGUCAACUGUGAAAAGUGAAAUGAAUUCGGAGAUGUUCGUGUGGACCCUUUAUUGACCCCCAUGAAGCCAUAUUCAACAUUACAUUCGUCUAUAGUGAAUGUUACAUUUAAACUCUCGCUGCCGAUUUCUAACAGUCCAUGGCCAAACCAGUACCAUAUGCAAGUAUCCAUCCGCAUUUAUCGUUUCCCUGACCUUGAAGUAUUCACGUGAAUUUAUAGUUACGACUACAUACCUUGAAGUAUCCACCUGCAUUUAUCGUUACGACUACAGACCUUGAAGUAUCCACAUGAAUUUCUCGUUACGACUACAGACCUUGAAGUAUCCACGUGCAUUUAUCGUUACGACUACAUACCUUGAAGUAUCCACCUGAAUUUAUCGUUCCGACUACAGACCUUGAAGUAUCCACCUGAAUUUAUCGUUACGACUACAGACCUUGAAGUAUCCACCUGCAUUUUUCGUUACGACUACAGACCUUGAAGUAUCCACCUGCAUUUUUCGUUACGACUACAGACCUUGAAGUAUCCACGUGCAUUUAUCGUUACGACUACAGAAAUAUUCAGUCGUCUUGUGUCCAAGAUGCGUCGAACUAUAGGAAAUGUUGUCCAUUGGAUACGAAACUUUGUCCCCACAGUACAGGGACUACUGCUCUACUUCUAUUCAUAUUGGACGGUUUUUGAGUGUGCCAUAUAAUUUAUGUGUCCUAUAAAUGAUUUGAUGAUAAAUGUUCAAAAAAUUAAUAAAAGCAAAUGUAAAAAAAAAA